AUGGGCAUGCUUAGUCUUCGAUUCCCAGGAAGCGAUGGGAGACGAUGGGAAGUGUUGGAGGAUAGACAAACCUCCAGCAUACAUCCAUGUGUAUAUAUAUAUAUAUAUAUGUAUAUGAGGGGGGGUCCUGGGAUUUGCGUGGAUGUACUUGUGUGUCCCUGGGCCCCUCCAGGCUGGACGCCGCUGUUCGUGCCGGCGGCCGCGAUCUUGCUGGAGGUGGGCGGGGCGCUGCAGCACGGCGCGCUGGUCGCGCGCGAGUUCGGCAAACCGUGCGUGGCGGGCAUCGACGACGUACUGGAAAAGUUCAAGGACGGGCAGCUGGUGGUCGGCCUCGCGCAGAUCGAAGAAAAACGCCACAGACAUAAAUCAGGA